AGCCCGUUUGUACACGUCAGUUUAAUAAUGGCAAUGUCACUGUACAUAUUACUUUCUAUGACCGCGGUUAAUCAUGUUCUGGGUGCAUCACUGUCUAUUUCUGGAUCUUCGUCUUAUGCAGUGUUGAAUCAGCCAUUUACCUUGACGUGUACAGUGACACAGGCUGCUGGUCUCAGUGGUGUUAUAUUAUUCAGUACUAAAACAACAGACACGUUUGCUUCCCUGGGGCAGAGUGGUGGUUCAUGUGCUGUGUUUAAUCCUCCCUUAGUACCUGGUUACUCUGUAUCCUGUGGCAGUGGAACAGACAGCAGCUCGUCCUCCACUAAGAAGUACCAUCUGAGGAUCAACAGAGCUGCAGAACGUGACGUUACAGACUGGUGGUGUAUACUGAGUUCAGCUGGAACACGCAGUAACACUUUAAGGCUGAAACUCAGCAGUGGUCCAGACUCUGUUACACUCAAUCCAUCAUCACCUGGGUCUGUAGCAGAAGGAGACAGUCUGACUGUGACGUGUGCUGCUACUGGUUGUAAUCCACCGUGUUCCAAUUCAUGGACUCUGGGAAAUCAGCGGAUCUUAGCUAACCUCUCUGUUAAAACUGACAAACAUCAACAGGAGUCAGACAGGGAAUGUUCUACAAGUGUUACAGUUGAUGAGCUGACUCCUAUGACUCUGAAAUGUUAUGUCACCAGCAAUCCAGGAUCUGAUAUCAAACUGUUGAACAACUCACAGACUCUGCGUGAAGUGACUAACUCUAAACAGGCUGAGUACACGUGGAACGAGGCUGGGUGUCUGGAUACAGGACACUACAGGUGUGAAGCGGGAAACAACAUCAAGUCAGCUGUCAGUGAAAGUGUGCAACUUGUUGUCACAUGUUCACCAAGACUAGACCAUCGAGUUCCAUUCCAGAAACAGUUUACAGCAGCAGAAGGUGGUGAUGUAACUCUGAAGAUAUCAGUGAUUGCCAACCCAACACCGACAUUCACCUGGUACAAACUGACUGAUGGAAACAAAAAUAGACUUGGCUUUGGAAGUUCGUCUACAACGGACGUAUCUGCUGUUGGGAACCUCACACUGGCAACUGUUCAGCAGGGAGAUAUUGGUACCUACCAGGUUGUUGUGUCUAAUGGAGCUAAAAACUCAGAUCUUGUGGUCAACCUGACACUUGAUGUAGCAGGUCCCCCAGAUGUUCCACCUGAUGUCACAGCAUGGGGCAACGGACCACACUCGAUCACAGUGGCUUGGGUAGAGGAAUUUAACGGAGGAUCAUCACAGACAUUUACUGUACAAUACCGAGCAGACACAUCACAGUGGACAAAUCUCACCGGGGUCAUUCCAGAAAAAGGUCGCAACACCAUCCAGAAAGCUUUCAUACCAAAUCUUCAACCAAAGAGGAGAUAUCUGAUGCGGGUUUUGGCUUACAAUAAAUAUGGAUACAAAGGUUUUACGGACGAACAGGAGGCUUUGACAUUGGAUGAAUCUCUUCUGCCAGCCUCAUCAAACAAAUUAAGCGGAGAAGGAAUUGCGGUAGGGAUUAUCAUUGGGAUUGCUGUUUCUGCCUUGGUAGUGGCUGUCUUUGUUAUUUUGUGGAGACGAGGUUUAGUGUGUGUCUCUUCAAAAUCAG